CCUCUCUUUUACUGGUGCGCCUGCUGGAGACAGUGAUAGUCGAUGGAGAUGGUGGUGGUCAUGGUGGGCUUUCAUCCAUAAAGUUGCAGAGAAAUAAAAAGAGGGGGUUCACGCAACGCAAAGUGGAGGGUAGGAAAGUUGUCCAUUUCUUGCCUUCCUGGUGGUGUAAAGGAUGGGGUUCUGAUCCUUGUGAUCUCUCCGUCAUCACCAACACUGACUUGAAGGAUCCUCUCUCUCUCAAGAGUGUUUUUAAUUUGGGCGCUAAAACAUAUGGAGGUUGAGAGGAUGAAGGAAGGAGAGAGAGUUCUCUCUUUUGCUGGCACCACCAUGUUGUCGUCGUCUUCUUCUCUUCGCGGUCUUGCUAUUUCUCUUUUUCUCCUUUUCUUCUUCUUCUUCUCUGCCGACGAGAUCAUGUGCGUCCCGGAUUCCAACUACACGAACAAUAGGCGUGUAGAGACGCUUAAGUUAGCAAGGAUCGAGAGACGCUUGGACAAAAUCAACAAGCCUGCGGUGAGAACCAUAGAGAGCCCGGAUGGAGAUAUCAUCGACUGCGUUCCCCGGCACAAGCAACCAGCUCUUGACCAUCCUCUUCUAAAGAACCACAAGAUCCAGAAGGCAGCCCCACAGAGGCCAAGAUUUAAGGGCGACAGAACUCCCAUAAAUUACAAUGCAAGUGAUGCAACGCGAAGGGCAUGGCAAGCAUGGCACCACGUCGGUCAUUGCCCAAAGGGGACGGUUCCAAUACGGAGGAGCUCCGUCGAUGAUGUCCUGAGAGCCAAAUCUUUGUUCCACUUCGGCAAGAAGCAUCUGGGCGGCGUUCCUCUUGCUAGGAAAGUUGAUGCACCAGAUGUGGCCAGUGGCAAUGGCCAUGAGCAUGCAAUAGCUUACACUAUGAACACCGAGGAGGUGUACGGGGCAAAGGCUACGAUUAACGUAUGGGAUCCUUCCAUCCAAGUAGAAAACGAGUUCAGCCUCUCCCAGAUUUGGAUACUCUCGGGAUCAUUCGACGGCACGGACCUCAACAGCAUUGAAGCUGGUUGGCAGGUCAGCCCGGAGCUCUAUGGAGACAGCAGACCGAGGCUGUUUACGUACUGGACGAGUGACGCGUAUCAAGCAACAGGUUGCUACAAUCUUCUUUGCUCGGGAUUUAUACAGACGAACAACAGGAUCGCCAUCGGAGCAGCCAUAUCGCCGGUAUCGUCCUCGGGGAGCAGCCAAUAUGACAUCACCAUUCUCAUAUGGAAGGAUCCGAUAGCAGGAAACUGGUGGAUGAGUCUGGGCGACAGCAGCAUGCUGGUAGGCUACUGGCCGGCGGCGCUGUUCACGCAUCUGUCGGACCGGGCCACCAUGGUGGAGUGGGGAGGGGAGGUGGUGAACACGAGGACACACGGGGAGCACACCUCGACGCAGAUGGGAUCGGGGCGGUUCGCGGAGGAAGGGUUCGGGAGGGCGAGCUACUUCCGCAACCUGGAGGUCGUCGACUCCGACAACAGCUUGACCACCGCUCGGGCCAUCGCCACCAUGGCCGAGAACUCCAAAUGCUACGACAUCAAGAGCUUCUCCAACGCCGACUGGGGCACCUAUUUUUACUAUGGCGGACCGGGCAACAACCAGCACUGCCCUUGACUUGUGCUUAUCUAUUCUUUCUCUUUCGAUUCCCACCACAAAGGAAAGCAGUACUGUACCUGCCUGCGUAUAGUACAAUCUAAUUCUACCCUAGUGCAAGUCUUUCACCUAAGCAAAAUUCAAUAUUGGCUCAUACCAUCUGCAUUUAUGGUCCAUAUCAAAUGAGGUACAAGAGGUGUUAGGAUGGCCAAAUGAUAUCUGUAAUUCCCUAAUUUUAAUUAGGGAUAACUU